UGUAUGUAUUUUUGCCGAACAUGUGUGCAAAAUAUUGAGUUUUGUUUAAUUUUUUAAAAUAAAAACCGAGAGAAAUUAAUCAAAAAACAUUACACACGAUUGUACGAAAUGUCGCAAUUUAUCCAUACCGAUGUCACAGCAGUGAAAUCGUACCGAAACCUUAUAUUAUCAGGUAUCGGUAGUUCAAUCAGCGUAUUCGAAAAGGAAUCCUUUAAAUUAUUGACACGAAUUAAAUGCCUUGAGGGGCAAAAAAUUUAUGGAUUAGUGCCUUUGGAAAACAGCAGUAAAGUUCUUGUUUUUGGUGGGAAACAGUAUACAGUUAUCAAAUUUAACGAAGACGGUACAAAUGUUGAACGUUUGUUUAUGCCACCUACUUGUGAUGACUGGUUGCAUUCAGCUGUAUGGGUGGAUGCUGAUUCAGUAGCAUUAUUGACUGCUCACAACACAAUUCAGAUAUGGAAUGUAACCACCCAAAGCAUGUUAAGCCAGCACUUGAGCACAGACAACUCUAUCCUGUACAGUGGCCUGUUGCUGCCGCUACAAGAUGGCUUGGUGGUGUUCGCUGGAACCGUAUAUUCGGAGGUUAUCAUUCAUACCCCUCAAAAUGAAAAGCCUUUACACGUUUUGAAGGGACAUAGGGGAGUAAUAUUCUCAAUAUCAUGUGAUCCAGAAAAUUCUGUGAUGGUUACAACUUCAGAUGACAGAUCAGUUAGAAUUUGGCAAUUAAUACGAACCAAUUACAUAUUACUAUUGCCAUGGAACACAACCGAAUACUGGACGAAUGUAAACAUUGUGUGUAGCCAGGAAGUGUACGGCCACACGGCUCGAGUAAUGAGAAGUUACAUCACGGAAGAUCUGAUUGUAUCUGUUGGGGAGGACUCAACUAUAUGUUUUUGGAACCACAAAGGAAACUUGCUUAAGAAAAAUGAAUCACACAAAAACUGCCCCAUUUGGUCUGUAGAUGGCGAUUCCAGUCAUUUAUUUACUGGUGGUGGUGAUGGGGCAGUCAUUAUGCAUCCUUUGUCUAUGGCUUUAGAGGAAGGUCAGCAAACAACAAUACAUUUAAACACUCAAAAAGAAAUUGUACCAAAAAAAAUUGCUAUAACAGCCAGAAAUAAUCUUGUAAUUUUAGACGACUCUGAUGGGGUAAUAUACUAUUACAAAACAAAGGCUAUGACUACUGACACACAUACAGUAAACAUUUAUUCUACUCUCAGAUUUCUCAGUGCAUCGAGCUGCAAGCAACUUUUUGCAAUAGGAGACAUGUCAGGCAAAAUAGACAUUUUUGCAGAAGAUUGUAAACAUGAUUGUUUAAAAAAAAAAAUUCAAUGCAAUAUAAAAGUAGGUCCUACUCUUACUAUGCAUUGGGCAGGGAACAGGCAUAUAAUUUUGUGUGGUGAAGAAGGUCUUAUGACAGUCUUGACACAGACACAGACAGUAGAACCUGCACUAAAGAUCCACAAGCUUGCCUUUUUGCCUAAUUCUAAAGACAGAAGGGUCACAGCAGCUGCUUUGAAUAGUCAAAACAAAAUCAUGGUAGUUGGUGAUAGAUGUGGCAAUGUACACGUUUACAUUGACGAACGAAAAAUUCCGGUUCAAACAUUCAAAAAAGUCCAUGGUAUAUAUGGGCCUACUUCAAUAACAGUCAAACCAAAUGAAUUUAUUACCACUGGCAGAGAUGGAACCAUUCGAUAUUUCGCAAUAGAUUUCUCAUUAAGUAAAGACGACGAAGACGACGAUUCUGUUGCAAAGUUUAAGAGUAGUAAAGAUGUGGCAUUUCAAUGGAUUGAAAGAUUUAUUGAUAAAGAUGAAAAUAUAAUUUGUGGAUUUAAAGAAAGAGAAUUUGUCGUUUAUAAUGUUCAAAGCAAUCUAAAACUGAUAGCGAUACCUUGCGGUGGUGGGCACAGGACUUGGGACGUCGUCCGAAACGUCAUCUUAUCUGGCAAGAAAACUGAUGAAUUCAUCAAGUUGGUAUAUGCUAAAAAUAACGCAAUUUGCAGCCAUACCUUCCAACUGAGCAAGGUAGUGUCUAAACACGUCAUAAACAGCUCACAUUCGAAGGAAAUCAAUUGCCUAAAGAGUUUUAAAAAUGAAUUGGACACAACUAUUGCUUAUUACGUUACUGGCGGGGAAGAUACUACGUUAAGGGUGUCUUCUAUUAAUUCAGAUAUGGAAAUCUGUGACGAGGUUGUUUUUAAGCAUCUAUCAAACAUAAGGGCUUUAAAGAUACUUGAUUUGGAGGGUAGCAUACUUGUCGUGUCCGGCGGUGGAAGAGCGCAGAUGCGUAUCCAAGCAAUAUACGUCUCUAGAGGCCAUACACGACUUAAAGUAGCGGCGCAAGAGCUAACUAACUACUUAAUCAAGGGUACAGAUAAAGACAGAAAGUGUAAUCAGUCUUGGAAAAACAACACAAUAGAUUUCGAUCCAGAAACAAGAAUCAUGGAUGUUGAUCUACUGAAACAAGAGGAUGACAACUUUCUCGUAUUUGCGGGCUGCUCUGACGCUUAUCUCAGAGUAUUUGCAUUUGUUAACGAAUGUGAUAAUGCAACUUUCGAGCCUGUCGCUGAAUUGAAGCAUCACCAAACGUGCAUUUUAAAGACGACUUGUAUAAAGAUUUUAAAUAAAAAUAUUUUAAUAACAUGCACCACGAGAGGGGAAGUUUCCCUGUGGGAUGUCAGCAAUAUUGAAUCAUGGGAUGGCCUUAGUCCGUUUUUCACGACAACGACCAAUAAAUGUGGAAUAAACAGCAUUGACACACGCGUAUAUUAUGAAAAGUUGCUUAUUGCGACAGGGGGAGAUGAUAAUGCUAUACAUUUAACCUUACUAGAAUUCCCGAACAAAAAUGUUUACGCUGCUUGUGUGAAGCGUACAUGGUCCACAGACCAGUUCCAUUGCUCUCAAGUCACUGGAGUGCGAUUCGUGGAUGAUCUGCUGUUGUCGACUUCUAUAGACCAGAGAAUAACGUUGGCGCGGUGGCGCGUGGAAAAGCAGACGAUAGUGUGCGAAUUUCUGUCUCAAAUCUUCAGCGAUAUUGCCGACAUUCAAGGACUAGAAGUUCUUUCAGACACCGGCAAUGUCAUCAAGGUGUGCGUUUUCGGCAAGGGCUUCGAGAUGUUGGAAUUACCGAAGCCGUAAGCAAUAAGCAUCGCCUCCGCAACAAGCGAUAAGCUAUCAACAGCCGUUACCUUCAACGAGCCCGAGUGUAUACGUAUUACGUACCCACUACCAGAAGACGACGAAAAUAAUGAUUAUGAAGAGUUUACUGAUGUAAAAUCGAG